CAUUAGCGGUUUUCUUCGACGAGAAUUACACCAAUACACACUGUGAAAGUAACAAAUGAUAGACAAUAUCGUACCUCGCGCUGUCUUCUUUGCGCUUGUUUUUUACGCAGGAAUAAUAUGAUGCGGAUGAAGAAUACAACCCCGGAAGAUAUAAAAAGUGGUCCGACCAGCCACAACUGACUGAUCAUGGAAUUCAAAUGACCGAAUGUGUCGUCCAGCACGAAUGCCGUCAGUAAACAUCCGAUCAAGAUGAGCGCGAUGGCCAUUGACAGUGGCCAACUUGGAGUCGGCACUGGGUUAUCACCAGUAUGAUGAUAUUCUUAUCCGUACAACGGGAAGUAUCUGGAAUAUCAUUGGUGUUUCCGAUGAUGGACCCUGAUGAUGACGCGGCCGUGUUUUGUGAUUCUCCGCUAUGGGACAACAACCUGACCUGGUAUACCGACGAUCCGAACUUUACGAACUGCUUCCAAAAGACAAUCCUUACUGUUAUUCCAUGCGCAUUUUUGUGGAUUUUCUUCCCUAUACAACUGUGCAUUAUUUCGCAUAAGAAAACAUCAGGGAAAGAUACCGGAACGUAUCUGUUCUGGACAAAGAUGACAAUGGGAAGUGUAUUGUGCGCAACAAGUGUUAUGGAGUUGAUUUUUUCCUUCUAUGGUCUGGCGGUGUAUGGAUCCCGACCCGUACUGGGUUACGACGUUCCCGUCCACCAAUACGCCGACAUUUUUAUGGCCAUAAUCCAGUUAUUAACCUAUGUUUUGUAUAUAUUUUAUGUGGUACUGGACUGGCGGAAGCGGCGCGCGUCUAAUGGAGCAUUGCUUAUUUUUUGGUUGCUGACGGCUGUUACGGAAGGUGUGAUCCUCCGGACACAGAUAAAACUUCUCAUUGACCUUGGUGUUGACAGUUUAACUGAAAAAUUCUGCGUGGCUAUUAAAAUGAUACAAAGCGCCUUCAUCUUUGCGCUGCUGAUAUUUUCCUCCUUCUCUUCGUAUUCCUGCCAUUUCAACAAAGAUGUUCAGACGUUUGCAUCGCCGGAAAGGCAUUCGCCAUUCCUCAGUCAGCUGUUGUUCUGGUGGUUUAACCGGCAAGUCUACAAUCUCAAAAUUUUAACAUAA